AUGGGCACGUGUACACACAAAGGCCACGCCAUGUACUUCGUAUAUGACCCCCAUAAGACACGGCAUAAGAUGCCGACUAACACGUUAACAACCGCCUUUGCAUUGACUCAUUCGUACUGUUUAGCUCCCAAAACGCGUGUUCUAUAUAUACUUUAUAUGCCUUUCCACCCCAUUCUCUCUCCUAAAUUCACUAUUUUGGAGAAAGGUGGUAAGGCUAUGGCUGCAGGAGCAGCUGGAGAUGGACUACUCCGGCGAGUAUUUGAAGGAUGCAUCUCCGGCCACGACAUGGGGAUCGGAAGGCGGCCAUAUCAUCGGAACUGCAGCUGUGCAUUACAUAAAUCGAGCGGCCAUUGCUCCCAUACGUCGCCGUAUACAAAUGUGUGUUACCCCCUGAGACGGGCAUGGAGUGAGAAUUGCCUAUCGUUGAUGGCUCCUGUGCAUUGCUCACCGUGUUCUUCGCCGGCUGGAGCUUCAGGAGAGACGGGGAGGACUCAUUUGGUCUUGUGUUUGUCUAAUGAAGAAGAGAUUGAUUCAACCAUGGCAUCUUCAACCGAGCAAGACUUCGAGGCCCACAAUCAAGGUGGUAGGCUGCAAUGGUGUCGGAAAAGCUAG